AUGUUUUUCUAUUUUGUUGAAUUCUAUAAAGUUUAGCAAUAAAUUGAAUCGAAUCAUAUUAGCUUAUUUAAUAAUCAAUUUAUGUAAGAUUAAUUAGAAUUUGGAUACUGGAAUAUAAGAGGAAUAGCUUAACCCUGUAUACUUUAUUACUUAUAUUAGUGAGAUAUCUGUUGGAAUAUGUUGAACUUCCAUACACACAGAAGAAUUACAAUAUCACUGAAUCUGAAUGGUUUGAUUCUUUAGCUAAACCUCCCUUAAACUAAUAGAUUCUUGCCAAUCUUCCUUAUAUAAAAGAUGGCGAUAAAUGGAUUUUUGAAAGUCAAGCACUUUAUAUCUAUAUUGCACAUAGAGCUAAUCGAGCUGAUUUAUUGGGAUCAUCGAAUGAAGAGUAAGUUGUCGUUGAAUAAGUCAAAGGAGUUUUGUAUGAUUUAUUUAAAGCAUUUCGAUCCUUAAUUGCUAUUCCAGAAGCAGAUUAUCCUGCUAAAAAAGAUGAAUAUUUUAGUAACGAAGUUUUGUGGAUUAUUGAAAAACUCAAUAGAUUUAUUGAAGGCAAGACUUGGACAGCAGGAAAUAAUUUAACUUAUGUUGAUUUCUUUUAAUUUGAAUUAGAAGAAACAUUUGAAGCCUAUAAACCAGGAAUUUUGAAUCAAUUUCAAAAUCUAAGGAAACAUCAUGAUGCCUUUACUUAAAUUCCAUAAAUUAAAGCAUUCCUUUCCUCUGAUAGAUUUAUUGCUAAACCUUUCUAUCCCAUAAAAAGAUGGAGAUGGUGGUGAAUUAAUAUAAAAAAGUUAAUAUGAAUUUCUAAAAUCCU